CGUUUGCAAAUCAAUUUGGUUUUCACGGGAAACUCAACGGAGUCGUUCGUUUAUAAUGUUCUACGACUGAAUGUGCUGAACACAGGCCACCUCAUGUUGCGUACGAUAUUCGAGAUAUCGCAGUAUCUUUUUGAAAAGAAAACUACUCACAAGGUUGCUGAAAACUCUUCAACAGCCCACGAUCGGUUUCGCCCUUCUUGGGGCUUCGUGAGCUUUCUUUUUGAACAGUCAUCAUCUGGAAAGACAGACAACGUCAAACCACGUGAUAUCGGAGAUUGUACUGCUGACUGUAGCUCAAGUUUCGUAUUCAAACUCCGGGAGCUAUUUUCAUUUCAAAAUCCGAUACUGCGGCAGGGUGGACUGGAUGAUCCUUCCAUAUCCAGGUGGAGAAGUGCCACUCAAGACUCCCGAAAGCUUUUGUUUAGCGUUUACACGUACCCGGUGCCCUUAAGAUAUGGCACUAGGCGCAGUCCCCGAGUUUCCGUCAACCACAUGUUCUACUUGAACCCAAAUUGGACUAUUCUCGACAAGUGCGCUCAUUGGAAAAUCAAUAUGGUUUUCACGAGAGACUCAAUGGAGUCUCUCGUUUACGACUGCGCCUACCCGAUGAGCCCCAAGAAGGGACAAACCGAUCGGGGCUGUCGAAGAGUAGGCAGCAUAAUAAUCGCAAAGGCGGAUAAGAAUAAGGCGACUACUGUCAGGAACAAGAGUGAUUAUCUACAGAAGGUCAAGCAACACCUAGCUGAGGGUCCUUACCGGGUGAUCGAUAAUGCGAAUGUUACAUCUAUUGUGAACAGGAGUAAAGAUGAAGUCGGCAAAUAUUUGCGGUCCGCGACAUACCACUUGGGCAAGGCAAUUGGUAUCGAUUCUACCCUAAAAGUGCAAAUCGACCACGGCCUUAUGGCCUACCAAGAGAUUCGGAAACGA